UUCAUUUUCUGCUCAAACAACUCACAGACUCCAUUAAAACUAUUCAAUUCAGAUCACCACAUUACAUAAAAUUUCUCUAAUUUUUUUUAAUCAUAAUCUCAAGCUUUUUGAAAACAAAAAUGGCGUUAACAGUACCAAAUCUAAUCAAAGAAAAAAAAUUCCCAUUCAUUUUCACAUUCUUCGUAUUACUAAUAUGCGCCACUGUCUUCUUAUCAACAAACAACACAAAAUUCCCUUACUUCUCACUCGCCGAUCUUCAAAAACAAUCAAAUCCGUCGCCGUCGCCGAUCCCAAACCCAAACCCGCCGCUAAACGCCGUCGUUCCGCCCCCAAGCAGUAAUAAGACGGUUAGUGAUAAUGUCAGUGGUAACGUUAAUGGGGGUUUUGAGAUUCCGUGGCGGUUGUGUAAGGGUGACGUGGCGGUGGAUUUUAUACCGUGUUUGGAUAAUGCUAAGGCUGUUAAGGAGUUGGAAUCAAGGAGGCAUAUGGAGCAUAGAGAGCGGCAUUGUCCGAAGCCGAGUCCGAGAUGUUUGGUUCCGCUUCCGAAAGGGUAUAAGAGUCCGAUUUCUUGGCCGAAAAGUAGGGAUAUGAUUUGGUAUGACAAUGUCCCUCAUUCUAAGCUUGUUGAAUAUAAGAAAGAUCAAAACUGGAUGCGUAAGGAAGGUGAAUACCUUGUUUUUCCGGGAGGCGGUACUCAGUUCAAGGAUGGAGUUACUAACUAUAUCAAUUUCAUUCAAAAGAUUUUUCCUCCUAUCCAAUGGGGAAGGCGUACGAGGGUGGUUUUAGAUGUUGGUUGUGGAGUUGCUAGCUUUGGCGGCUAUUUGCUAGAUAAAGGAGUUAUUACCAUGUCAUUUGCUCCAAAGGAUGAACACGAGGCUCAGAUACAGCUUGCUCUUGAGCGAGGAAUUCCUGCUACACUAUCAGUCAUUGGCACACAAAAGUUAACAUACCCUGAUAAUGCAUUUGACAUGAUUCAUUGUGCACGAUGCAGGGUUCACUGGGAUGCAGAUGGUGGAAAACCUCUAAUUGAGCUCAACAGGAUACUCAGACCUGGAGGUUUCUUUGUAUGGUCUGCUACACCAGUGUAUCGCAAUGACAAUAGAGAUCGCAAAGUUUGGAAUUCUAUGGUAGCUUUAACAAAUUCUAUGUGCUGGAGGAAUGUGACUAAGACUAUGGAUUCGUCCGGGAUUGGACUUGUAAUUUUUCAGAAGCCCGUCUUGCCAUCAUGCUAUGAGAAGCGCCAGAAAAAUGAUCCUCCUUUGUGCGAUCAGAAAGAUACACAAAAUGUUUCUUGGUAUGCGCCUCUGAAUAGAUGUCUUUCGAGACUUCCAGUUGAUAGCCAAGGUGGUGCGAUGAGCUGGCCUGCAGCAUGGCCCGACAGGCUUAACACUGUGCCUCCGAGCUUAUUAGCCGGACCAGAUGCUGUAGAAAUUUUUUAUGAGGAUAGCAGACACUGGUCGGUGCUCGUAUCUGAUGUUUAUCUAAAUGCACCUGCUUUAAACUGGUCAAGCGUACGGAAUAUAAUGGAUAUGAAUGCUGGCUAUGGAGGAUUUGCAGCAGCACUUGUUGAUCUUCCUUACUGGGUGAUGAAUAUUGUUCCGGUUCACACUCAAGACACGCUGUCUGGUAUUUUCGACAGAGGGUUGAUCGGAAUGUAUCACGAUUGGUGUGAAUCGUUGAGUACCUACCCUAGAACAUAUGAUUUACUGCAUUCCAGCUUUCUCUUCAAAGAACUAACACAAAGGUGUGACAUUAUAGAGGUAGUUGCUGAGAUUGAUCGACUAGUGAGACCUGGAGGACAUCUUCUGAUUCAAGAUACUAUGGAAAUGAUUCACAAUAUUACUUCUAUAUUGAAUACUCUACAUUGGUCAACUACUCUCUAUCAAGGGCAAUUUCUCAUCGGCCGGAAAGGCUUCUGGCGACCCAGCUGACAGGCAUAUGUAUUCUGACUUGCUCUGGCUUGGGUAGAGGAGGAAGAAAGUCAAAAAUGACUCGAUGGAUCUCGAGAUGAGGAAAAUAAAUCGUGAACUUUAACGUGUUUUGCAAUUUAAGAUGGACUUUCAACUUUGGCUAUGUAAAACGCAAAUUAUUAUGCUUUUUGCAAUUCGAAACACGAUACUUUUUUGUGAAAAUAUAUUGACGUGGACACCGGAAUAAAUAGCAUUCCAGCGUCUAUAUCAAGAUUUUUUCAACAAAAAAUUGAUCAGUGUUUUGUUUUGCAAAAUAAAAAUUUGUGUUUUAAAUUAUUAAAAUUGAAAGCUCGUAUUAAAAUUGUAAAAUAAGCUAAAGUUCACGAUUUGUUUGUAACCACCCCAAAAAUCUAUAUGUAUGUCUAUUCUCUCAAUUUGUUAGUGUAAAUCCUUAAAUAGACCUACAAGUGAAGAUUAUAAUAGGAACAAGAAUGAUUUUAUACAGCUUGAUUCAGCUAUACAAGACUUGUAAGGAAAACAUUCAAUUUCAGUGAAGCUUCGUAUAUAGAGGACAUAUUAUUGGCCUUA